CGUACCGUAUAACCCUAAUAGUUUAGUGACCAUUUAGACAUUUUUCACUCAACAAUUUUGCGCUUGGCGGCACCGCGAAAUUGAUAGAGAAUAGGCCAUUAGGGUUUUACCCACUCAGAAGAAGAAACAGAGAGUGAAGCGAAGAGAAGAGGGACAGAAAAUCAUGAAUGGCGGAGGAGACGCCCAGAACGGGCCAGCAAAGCAGCUGACGGCGGAAUCACUGCCCGUGUUCAACGAAGGCGUAUACUUGAUUCUCUCCCGGUGGUCGGCUCUUCAGCUCGCCAUCGAAGAAGAAUGGGCCGGCCGCCGCUCCCGCCAGUUGGCCGAUCAACUCGCUUCCGAUAUCGUGUCCUGGUUCACCCAACCCAAAGCCGAGCCGCUUUACAUUGAUGAUUUAGAGGACGUUCUCGACGAAGGGAUGAUUGCUCUCAAUUGCGAGAUUGAAGAUGGUAGCGUAGAGGAGGUGGCAGAGAAGUUGAUGAUUUUGCAUGAGGAAUGUUUGGAAGCUGAUUAUAGCUCUGUUGAGAAGUUGAGAAGAGCAGGGCCUGCAGCAGGAACUCAUCAACAUAUCAGACAGGCUGCUAAUGGUGAUGAAGACGACUCGUCGCAGGAUGAAAGUGAUGAAGGUGAUAUGAUGUCUGGAAGUAGGUCAAAUAUGGCAGUGGAUUCACCAGUUCCUCAGCCUAGGGCGAAUACGGAGAACAGUGCUAAUGGAGGUCAGAUGCAGGACGAUGGUUGGACGGUUGUUUCUUCCACUCGAAACAAAGGUAGAAGGAAUUAAAUCGAACAUCAUCAUGCAGCUCUCAUUGUAGAGUCAUGAAGUUGAGACGUGGCAGUCAUCCAUUGCAAUUAAACUAUUAUGUAGUUUGAUAGAGAACCAUAAGAAGUAGAUUGAGAGUUGCUAAGCUAUUGUGUAGUUCUCUGUUGCAUUUGUCUUUCGGAUUUGUGCCUUCUUUUCUCUGGUUAUAUAGAGAACCAAAGUCCAAAAGCGUGCAAAUUUUUGGUGGAUAAUUUCAAGUUUUACUUAUGAGCGGACACAAGCGAGUUCCAUCUUUUUGAUGUUGCAUCUGAUGAAACUCAUUGGAAUAUUAUGUUACCAUUAUUUCGACCCUAGUUCCAUUAAUAGAAGUACCCUGUUUCUUUUGAAUGUUUGUUUUGAGACCUCUCUAGUCUUCUGGAGUGGGCAUGCUUGAAUUUCACAGUAAGUUACUUCAUUUGUUGCUUUAUAUUUUUUCCUGGUAAUACCCGAUUCAAAUCCAGAAUAAUGGUGCAAACUUAUUAUGAGCAAAUGGAAAUAGGUAUGGUCCUCUUUGCUGCUCUUUUUCUUCAUCUCCAUUCUCCAGUUAUCGCUCCUCUGCUAUGGUUCUCCACAAUCUGUUAUUGGUAGAGCACACAAGGUAUCGCUCUUCGAGUUUACUGUUGAUGAGUUUCCGAUUGCUCAGAUGGGUGUCUGUCCCUUUGGUCUGGAUUGUGCAGAUUUGAGAAGGCAAGAAGAGCAAAGAUCAAUCAUUCAGCACAUAUAAUAAACAAUUGGGUAAUUCUCAAUCCAGUUGGCAUUUCUUUGUCGAAGUCUUUUAAUAGAUUAUCUUCACACAGUUAAAUUACUGUAUCAUAUGAGUUAAAAAAAAAUAACAAAUUAGUAUCUGGCAAAUGAUCAUUCGCCUGAAAUUUGAGCCUUUGAAUCCAUUGUCAUAUACUCUUCACAGUUCGCACCAUCCGAAUCCUUGUUUUCCUCGUCAAGACAAGUGAAGAUCAAUCUGCAAAUAUAAUAGCCAUUCAGUAAUUGUCAGUCCACUGUAAGCAUUUUUUGUCCAAGUCUUUUAAUUAGGAAAUCAUUAAUAUUUGCAAAUGAUCAUUUGCUGAAAGUUUCCGCCAGUUAUUCUGAAUCCCCAAGUCAUACGACUUGAAUCAUUGGAGCUCUAGAUCUUGUUUGGUUCUAGCUUUUUCUGAAUUUGCUGAGAUGGCUGUGAAUCCCUGUUGCUAUUCAAAUCCUCGGCAAGUAUUGGAGCAGAUUGUGGUCCUGUGGACUCUCAGUGGCGACCUUUGAGUAGCUCAAGGUCACUGUCUCUACCCAUUUAGGAUGUCAUUGUCAUUGUUUAAGGUCAGCUUGGUUGCUGUAGUUGAUUGAUUUUGCAGCCCAAAGAUGAGGAAGUUUUGGGAGGGUUCACACGAUGGGGGAACAAAAGUAUUAUUGUUUAUUGUUUGGUAAAUGGUCAUCAUCAUCCCGCUUCCAGGUUGCAUCAGGCGUCACAAUCAUGGGGAAAUAUAAUAUGCCUUGUGCG